AUGUCAACAGGAGAAAUACAUUUGAAGCUGGAUGUAUUUGAAGCAUAUCUAUACACAGAAACAAUGAUAAAACAGGAAUCGAAUAUUACGGAGAGAAAUGAGCACGGACCAAUGUUCCAGUUACCGGCAGGUGGGCGCCGAUGCAUAAGUAACGAAAGUUCGCGCAAUAUGGUCGUAGUUUGGUUGAAUAAUGAUAUAGUUGAUCAUAAUGAAAAUUAUCAGAACACAAUCACACAGCUUCAAUCUGUUCUCGACGAUGUCUAUACAUUUACGGAUAAUGACGAGUGCGUCGAUUCUAUAUCGAACAUGACAGACAGCAAAGUCUGUUUGAUCAUCUCCGAAUCUCUUGGACAAUGCAUUAUACCCUGUGUUCACGAUAUUUGUCAGAUUCACUCAAUUUUCAUCUUUGGCGACACCAAGAAACGUCAAGAACAACCAGUCGAAAAAUGGCACAAAAUAAAAGGAAUAUUCACAGAUAAAGAAUCAAUUUGUAAUGAACUGAAGCAGAUAGUGCGCCGAUAUAAUCAACAUACUGUGCCUAUGAGUUUGAUUUUACCUGAUAAAAAAUUAGAUCAAUUGGAUCCAUCGUUUAUGUAUACACAGAUUCUCAAGGAAAUUUUAUUUACUAUUGACUUUGACGAAGAACACAUCAAAGAAUUCAUUAACUACUGCUGUGAUACAUUUGAUGUCAAUGAAAAUCAAUUGACCAAGUUUAAACAAUUCGAACGAGAGUAUCGUCAUAAAACGCCGAUUUGGUGGUAUAGUAAGGAGAAUUUUAUAUAUUACACAUUGAACUUUGCUUUACGUGUGAUGGAUGCAAAUGUUAUCGUAAGAAUGGGUUUUUUUAUUAACGAUCUUCAUCGACACAUCGAGCGGUUACAUAAGGAACAGCAUGCUCGUGAGCCAUCUCGUAGAUCUUUCACAGUUUAUCGUGGCCAAGGUUUAUCAUCGGCUGAUUUCAGCGAAAUGGUAAAAUCACAGGGUGGACUAUUGUCGUUUAAUACGUUUCUAUCUACCAGUAAAGAUCGCGCUGUGGCCGAUCGUCUUGCAGAAAGCAACGCUGAUAAUCCUGAUCUAGUUGGGAUUGUUUUCGUCAUAAUGGUAGAUCCUUCUAAAUCAACAACACCCUAUGCCUAUAUUCGUGAGAUAAGCUAUUUCUUCGACGAAGAUGAAGUUCUAUUUUCUAUGCAUGCCAUAUGUCGCAUUCGCAGCAUCACGCCGACUCACUCUAACAAUCGCCUUUUUGAGAUCAGUUUAUCAGUUACUGACGAUAGCGACAAAGAUCUCUGUAUACUUACCGAACGGAUCAAGCAUGAUAGUUUUUCUUUUAAUAAUGGAUGGCUCAGAUUAGGCCCAAUUUUACACGAGAUAGGCUACUCAGACUAUGCUAUCAAAAUCUAUGAAAUUUCUCUUUCUCACACAAUCGAUGAGGUUACAAAAGCAGCGAUCUACAAACAAAUUGGUCUGAUACAAGUUGACAUGGGAGAGUACUCGAAGGCGAUGCUAUUCUAUGAGAAGUCUCUCGCUAUUUUUCAAAAUACAUUUCCUCUUGAUAUUAAUUGUUUGGCUUCGUGCUACAAUAAAAUCGGUGACCUAUAUUUCCGAAUAGGUGACUUUUCCAAAGCAAUUUCAUCAUGUAAGAAAGCCCUCGCACUUCAACAACAGUCAAGUACUCCUGAUCGCUUCGAAGAGAACACAUCUUACUACACUAUGGGUUAUGCAUACUACCGCCUCCGCGACUAUACGAAGGCUCUGUUUUUCUUCGAACAAGUUCUUUCGAUCUGGCAACAAUUACUUCCUAACAAUCAUCCUGACUUGGCUCUAUCUUAUAACAGCGUCGGUAAUGCAUAUUAUUCAAUACACGAUUAUCCCAAAUCUCUUUCUUUCUACGAGAAAGCACUUACAAUUCAACGUCAAUCACUUCCUUCUAAUAAUCCUGACAUUGCCACCUCAUACAAUAAUAUGGGCAAUGUAUAUUGCCGAAUGGGCGACUAUUCAAAAGCACAUGUAUUUCAACAAAAAGCUCUCUCGAUUCAACUGCAGUGCCGUCCUUCGGAUCAUCCUGAUUUGAUGUCCUCUUACAGAAAUAUCGGUUCCAUUUAUAUUGAAACGGGCGACUACUUAAAGGCUCUUGCUUUCUUUGAGAAAGCCCACGCGAUUUGUCUACACUUGCUUCCCGCAAAUCAUCCUGAUCUGAUUUCAGAGUACGAACUAAUUGGUUGUAUAUAUUACCAAAUAAACGAUUAUUCAAAAGCUCUUUCUCUCUACGAGAAAGCACUUACAAUUCAACGUCAAUCGCUUCCCGAGAAUCACCCUGACAUUGCUGCGUCCUACAAAAAGAUCGGUUGCGCAUACUACAUGAUGGGUGACUAUGUAAAAGGAUUUUCAUCAUUCGAAAAAGGUUGUAAAACUGAAUCACAAUAG